UAAUGGCGCUGGCAGCCUCUAGCCCUCUACACGCCGUCCCUCCUGCUCCUGCUCUCCACACGCCGCCGGAGAAACGCGGCGGAACGCCCAGCACGGGCUGCACGGCAGGUCGGCACUCGGUAGCACAUCCCUCCCGGUGGUCCGGCCCUCCGCCGUCCCAGCACGACAGCACUUCCGGCGACCAGGUCCUAGGCUCCCAGCGUCCGGCGGUCCCAGCAGUCCAGCACGACAGUGACAGCACUUCGGGACCACGGCUCCGCGCGUUCUGCUGUGCAGGUUCUAGCGUUCUGCUGUCCACGGCUCCGCGCGUCCAGGAGGAUGUGUAUUCCAAGUUUUGGUAUUCCAAGUUUACUGCCUUGUUGGUAUUCAAAGUUAAAUGUACCCCUCUGGUCACAAAAAAGUGUUUUGGACAGGGUUUGGUCAAAACCGUAAAAACUACGAACAUCAGUAACUAAAUUAUUUAGGUGAAGCAUGGAGGGAAAAUCCUUUUUGGAGGAUCUGCCAUUGAAUCAGAAGGAAACUUUGUGCAACCAACAAUUGUGGAAAUUACACGUUCUGCACCAGUUGUGAAAGAAGAACUCUUUGGUCCUGUCCUUUAUGUUAUGAAAUUUCAGACCUUGAAGGAAGCAAUUGAAAUCAAUAACUCUGUUCCUCAAGGAUUGAGCAGUUUUAUAUUUACAAAGUGGCCAGAUAUUAUUUUUAAGUGGCUCGGGCCCCAUGGUAGUGAUUGUGGUAUAGUGAAUGUGAACAUACCUACUAAUGGUGCUGAAAUUGGUGGAGCAUUUGGUGGAGAAAAAGCAGCUGGUGGUGGACGAGAAGCAGGGAGUGAUUCCUGGAAGCAGUACAUGAGGAGGGCGACUUGGAGGGAGGUCCUAGAGGUAGUAAGUCACUUGUUUACUCCAUGAUGACAAUAGCAAGCAGAUCGCGGUGGUGCCUAUGGAUGCUACAACAAGAAAGAUCAAAAGUUCUUUUGGAUGGAUGCAGCUAGAUAUUUUGUUUUGUAUUUUCUCCAAAAGAGAAAUUUGCAACGUUGUGAGUGAUAUUAUAAUUGUGAUGCUUUUGUGAAUAUAUAAUUGUGGUGCUUUUGUGUUUAUGUGAUGGAUC